AGGAAAAACACUAUACACACUUCAAUUUCUUACUCUCUCUCUCUCUCUCACCGAAUAGAAAACGAAUCUUUUCUCUGCACUCACCACUCUCCCUCUCUCUCUUCAUUGCUCUGUCCUCUGUACUCUGCACGAACGUGUCAGUCACCAUUCAUUCACCCACAUUAUCUUCAAUUCGACGCCGUUUUGCUUCCAAACUCAAAUCUCACUCCGAAAUGGGUUGCGCUCAGUCAAGGAUAGACAACGAGGAAUCAGUAGCUCGCUGCAAGGAGCGCAAGAAUCUCAUGAAAGACGCCGUCGUUGCUCGUAACGCCUUCGCAUCCGGCCACUCCGGCUACGCCAUCUCUCUCAAAAACACCGGCGCCGCCCUCAACGACUACGCCCACGGCGAGUCCCACAUCGACCUCGAAAUCCACCCGCCUCCACCUCUCGACAACGGUUCUAGCCCUCCGCCUCCUCCUCCUAUGGAGGAUAAUCUCCCUCCGCCGCCUCCGCCGCUUCCUAACUUCUCCCCGGCAUCGCUGAAACGCGCCGCCUCCAUGCCUGCUGUGGCUCUGCAGCUCCACCGCCAGCUCUCCCCCAUCGCCAUUGCUGAAGAGGGGGAGGAGGAGGAGGAAGAGGAAGAUGGGGCGAAUGUGGACAAGCUGGUGAAGAAGAAGGGCGCUGCCGCCGACACGACGCCGGAGAAGAUGCCGGAUUCGAAGAACAACUUGGCUUGGGACUAUUUCUUCAUGGUGGAUAACAUGCCAGGACCUUCUUUGGAUGGGGAAGAUGAGAACGAAGGUGAGAAUGGACACUUGCAGGAGGAGGAAGAGGAAGAGGAAGAGGAGGAGGUUGAGCCUAAGACACCGGAAAUGGUGAAGGUGCGCCACCAUGAAGAUGAAGAUGAACAUGAAGGGGAGAUAACAGAGACGGCACACAUUGAGCAUUCCAAAACAGCACCAGCUGAUUUUAGGAGAGCAAUUAAGGUGGCUCCUUCUGUUACUCUUUUGCAGAUUCUCAAUUCCCUUGAUGAUCAUUUCUUAAGAGCUUCUGAAAGUGCUCAAGAAGUUACCAAGAUGCUUGAGGCUACUAGAUUGCAUUAUCAUUCCAAUUUUGCUGAUAAUAGGGGUCACAUUGAUCAUUCUGCUAGGGUUAUGCGCGUGAUAACUUGGAAUAGGUCAUUCAGGGGUGUGUCCAAUGGUGAUGGUGCAAAAGAUGAUGUUGAUUCAGAAGAAUUUGAAACUCAUGCUACUGUUUUGGACAAGUUGUUAGCCUGGGAAAAGAAACUUUAUGAAGAAGUGAAGCAAGGUGAGCUUAUGAAAUUCGAAUAUCAGAGAAAAGUUGCAAUUCUGAACAAGCAGAAGAAGCGUGGCGCCAGUGUCGAAUCAUUAGAAAAAACUAAAGCAGCUGUUAGUCAUUUACACACAAGAUAUAUUGUUGAUAUGCAGUCUAUGGAUUCAACAGUUUCAGAAGUCAAUCACAUCCGUGAUGCUCAGUUGUAUCCCAAACUUGUUGCUCUUGUUACUGAGAUGGCCAACAUGUGGGAAAAUAUGUGCAUACAUCAUAACAGCCAGCUGAAAAUAGUUACAGACCUCAAAUCUCUUGAUAUUUCUCAAGCUCCUAAGGAAACAACUAAGCAUCAUUAUGAGCGUACGGUGCAACUUUGGAAUGUCAUCCAAGAAUGGCAUUUACAAUUUGAGAAACUCGUGACUCAACAGAAACACUACGUCCAAGCCCUUAAUAGCUGGCUAAAGUUAAAUCUCAUUCCGAUUGAAAGCAACCUAAAAGAGAAAAUCUCAUCCCCACCAAAAGCCCAGAAUCCACCCAUCCAAGCCCUUCUUCAUGGGUGGCAUGAUUAUCUUGACAAGCUUCCGGAUGAGCUUGCAAAAUCUGCUAUAUCCUCCUUCGCUGCUGUGAUAAAGACGAUCAUAAUUCAGCAGGAGGAAGAGAUGAAGUUAAAAGAGAGAUGUGAGGAAACCAGAAAAGAAUACUUGAAGAAAAAACAGUCCUUUGAGGAAUGGUACCAGAAGCAUUUAAUGAGGAGGGGACCUGAUGAAGCAGAUCAUGAAAGAGGAGAGGAAGUGAAUACAAACAAUCCGGUCUCGGAGAAACGGUUUGUUGUUGAGAGCUUGCAGAAAAGAUUAGAAGAGGAAGUUGAAUCUCACCAAAAACUUUGUAUUCAGGUGCGAGAGAAAUCACUCCAGAGUCUCAAAACUCGGUUGCCUGAGCUCUUUAGAGCAUUGUCAGAUUACACCCAUGCUUGUGCUGAUGGUUAUGAGAAACUAAAGUCAAUCACACAGCCCCGAGUUGCUGUGGCGUGACAAUGUAAGAUAUUUUGUUCUCUUUCGAGAAGAAGUCUAUGUAUUUCAAACCUGCUUUGUCCUCCUCACACAAGAAGGCAUAGAAACUAGACAUGUAGAUUUGUCAAUCUUGUGUGAAAAUUUUGCCAUUGUUUUCUAAGUUAUAACCUUUGAUGAUGGAAGCAUAUUACUAAUAGCAUCUUUAUAUCAGCAUUUCUUUUCUCAGGAUCUAUUUGGACACCUAGAAGCUGCUAAUAAAAGUUUCUGAGCAGAAUUGAUUUUGUUGUUAGAAUCAAUUAUCGAAAGAUUUUCAAACAUGCACAAAGUGUCUGAUAUUUGUCUUAGGGUAGUUGCAGUGUAAAAUGUUAUCAAUUUAUUGGUAAACCAAGUUCAUUUAGUGUAAAAUUCAAAGGAUACUAUCAACUUGCAUUAGUUUCAACUUUGUUUUUUCAACAUGUGCAGUGGUAAAACAAUUUAAAAUCGCCAAUCAAGUUCAGCACACAAUUUGUCUGAAACUAAUGGCAGGAAAUAAUUCAAUAUGCAACUUGAGGUAGCCGAAUCAGCAUGCAUAAGCUUAUAAAAGUAGAAAAUGAGGUGAUAUAAUAGAAUUAUAAGGUCCUUAUCCAAUUAGAUUGGUAUCACUCUUCAAGAAAAAAAUAUUAUUAAUCUUAACAUUUCAUAGAACCCAAGUGAGAACAGAGGUAGACAGCGGCUAGCAAACAAUGACUAGUUCAAUGGUUUCACUUUGAAACUUCCAAAGUUUUAUUUUUCUUUUAAACAAUGACACAUGCUUGCUUUGGUUGGUGGUUGAAGCUUAAUUUCACCCCCAUCAUAUUAUUUAUAUUGGGGGAUAAGAUUAAGAAUCCACAAUUGAUCAAAGAAAGGGACUUUUCACCUUCAAAAUAUAGGUAGUUUCACAUUGGAAGAGGCUCCCUUAAAGAAGGGCCAAAAGGGGUAUAAAAAAGAAUCCUACCUUGGUUUUCUUAGCAUUUAGGUAAUGGAUAUGAAGAAGCAGUGGUUCAGUUCAAGAAGUCAAAGGAAAGAAAACAUCAGGUUUGGUCGGAGCAACACAAAACCCCACCACUACCAUGAUGAUGGCACAAGAACAGUGUGGCAGAUGCUCUGGAGAAAACUGAAAGGAGACAGGAAGAAGAAAGUGUUCAGUUCUUCUCCUGCUAGAGGUGAUGGUGUUUAUGAUGAAGAAACAUACUCAAUGAACUUUGAUCAAGGAACUGGGUGGAUGGAGCCUGAUAACAUUCCUCGUUCCUUCUCAGCUCGCUUUGCUGAUCCUUCUUGGAUCUCACCAUCAAAACUUGAUUGGUGAAAACUUGAUUGGAUCUCAUCAUCACACUUUUGUGUUUUUCUUUUUUGUGCUGUUGUGGAUAAAAAUGGCACUUAUGAUAUGUAUUAGAUAAACAUUGAUAUAUACAUAGAAAAGUUAUCAUUGAAUGAUUA